GCGCCUUGCCCGGGCUGGGUCUGGCUGAGGGAAGAUGGCGGCGGCUGGGGCUCGGCGCCGCCGGGUUGAGUCUGACGUGGGGGCGGCCGCUCUGGCCGGGGUAUGAGCCGCCCGGCUCCGCCCCAGCGCCCGCGUCUCGCCGCUCCCGGCUCGGCCAGGCCUCGCCAUGGCCCGGCUGGCGGAUUACUUCGUGCUGGUGGGCUACGAGCUGGACAAGCGCGGGAGCAGGGAUGGCCAGGGGCAGAUACUCCAGCGCUUCCCGGAGAAGGACUGGGAGGAUAACCCCUUCCCACAGGGCAUUGAACUGUUUUGUCAGCCGAGCGGUUGGCAGCUCUUCACCGAGCGGAAUCCCCCCACCUUCUUCGUCGCUGUGCUGACGGACAUCAGCUCCGAGCGGCAUUACUGCGCCUGCUUCACUUUCUGGGAGGCUGUCGAGAGUGCCCAGUCUCAGAGCCACUCAAGGAAUGGUGAGGAGGAGGAAGAGGAGUCGUCAUCCCUUGUCCAGCCUGCGCAGCUCUUUGCUCCUAAGAGUUUGGUGCUAGUGUCACGACUGGACCAUACUGAGGUUUUCCGGAACAGCCUGGGUUUGAUUUACACCAUCUACGUGGACGGGCUGAGCGCAUCGCUGGAGAACGUCAUUGGAAACCUCUUGACAUGUACCAUCCCCAUUACAGGGGGAGCUCAGAGGACGAUCUCUCUAGGGGCUGGCGACAGGCAGGUGAUCCAGACGCCCAUCAAUGACUCUCUCCCCGUCAGCAGCUGCAGCGUAGCACUGCUCUUCCGGCAGCUCGGGAUCACCAACGUGUUGUGUCUCUUCUGUGCUGCACUCACCGAACACAAGAUCCUGUUUCUCUCCAGCAGUUAUCAGAGACUCACAGACGGCUGCCGGGCCCUGCUUGCGCUCAUGUUCCCCCUCAAGUACAGUUUCACGUACGUGCCCAUCUUACCUGCACAGCUCCUUGAGGUGCUCAGCACUCCCACGCCCUUCAUCAUUGGCGUCAGCUCCAUCUUCCAGUCGGAGACUCAGGAACUGUUGGAUGUCGUCAUAGCAGAUCUGGAUGGUGGGACGGUGACCAUCCCAGAGUGCAUUCACAUCUCCCUGCUGCCUGAGCCACUGCUCCAUCAGACACGAGAAGCCCUCUCCAUGAUCUUGGACCCUGAGCUGGAGGUAGCAGACUUAGCAUUCCCCCCAUCAACCGUCUCUGCCUCCUCCCUCAAAAUGCAGGACAAGGAGAUCCGAGCUGUCUUCCUCCGUUUGUUUGCACAGCUGCUGCAGGGCUACCGCUGGUGCCUGCACAUCAUCCGAAUCCACCCAGAGCCAGUCAUCCGCUUCCACAAGGCAGCCUUCCUCGGUCAGAGGGGGCUGGUGGAGGAUGACUUCCUCACCAAGGUCCUGGAGGGCAUGGCGUUCGCUGGCUUUGUGACCGAGAGGGGCGCCCCAUACCGAGCAAUUGACCUGUUUGAUGAGCUGGUCGCCUAUGAAGUGAAGCGGAUGCGUGCCGAGGAGGGGAGCAAGCAGAAAAUACUGCGGCACAUCAAGGAGCUGGCAGAGCAGCUCUAUAAAAAUGAGAACCCAUACCCCGCAGUGACAAUGCACAAGGUGCAGAAGCCCACGGAUGGCUGCCACCUGCGCCUACACCAGAGGCCUUUUCCCCGCUUGGACGAGGGGACAGUCCAGUGGAUCAUCGACCAGGCCACUGCCAAGCUGCAGACAGCCCCGCCGGCUGUGAAGGCGGAGAAGAAGUGUAUGGUGCCAUCGGGACCCCCCAUUGCUGCCAUCAUGGAGCGCAAUGGCAGUGCCCUGGCCAACAGCGCCCGCCGCCUGGAGGUGGUCAGGAACUGCAUCUCCUACGUCUUCGAGAACAAGAUGCUAGAAGCCAAAAAGCUGCUUCCAGCUGUGCUAAGGGCCAUGAAGGGCCGAGCAGCCAGACACUGCCUGACUCAGGAGUUGAACCUGCAUGUGCAGCAGAACAGAGCCGUACUGGACCACCAACAAUUCGACUUCAUUGUCCGCGUGAUGAACUGCUGUUUACAGGACUGCACUGCCAUGGAUGAGCAUGGGAUUGCAGCAGCACUUUUGCCACUAGUCACUGCUUUCUGCCGAAAACUGAGCCCGGGCAUCACGCAGUUUGCCUACAGCUGUGUGCAGGAACACGUCGUAUGGACCAACAUCCAGUUCUGGGAGGCCAUGUUCUACUGCGACGUGCAGAACCACAUCCGAGCCCUGUACCUGGAGAGCAAUGAGGAGAACCACUUGGAUGAGGACGGCAAGGAGGGGCCUCAGGAAGAGAAAUCUGCCCUGGAGAUUGCGUCGGAGCAGCGGAGGCUGUGGCCUACCAUGAGCCGAGAGAAGCAGCAGGAGCUGAUCCAGAAGGAGGAGAGCACGGUCUUCAGCCAGGCCAUCCACUACGCCAACCGCAUGAGCUACCUGCUGCUGCCCCUCGACACCAGCAAGAACCGGCUGCUGCGCAGCUCGGGGCUGGGCGACGUGGAGAGCGUCAGCAACAGCUUUGUCACCAACAGCAUUGCCGGCAGCGUGGCCGAAAGCUACGACACGGAAAGUGGGUUUGAGGAUGCCGAGAGCUCCGACGUGGCCAACUACGUGGUACGCUUCAUCAACCGCUUCGUGGACAAGGUGUGCACGGAGAGCGGCGUCACCAACGAGCACCUGAAGGGGCUGCACAUCAUGAUCCCUGACAUCGUGCAGAUGCACAUAGAGACACUGGAUGCUGUGCACAGGGAGAGCAAGAGGCUCCCUCCUAUUCAGAAGCCCAAGCUGCUACGCCCCAGCCUGCUGGUGGGCGAGGAGUGUGUCAUGGAAGGGCUCCGCGUGUACCUCAUGCCUGACGGACGUGAAGAAGCUUCCGGAGGCAAUAUUGGGGGCCCCCCACUGCUCCCUGCCGAAGGAGCCAUCUUCCUCACCACUUACCGCAUCGUUUUCAAGGGCACCCCCACAGACCCGCUGGUGGGGGAGCAGGUUGUGGUCCGGUCCUUCCCCAUUGCCUCGUUGACCAAAGAGAAGAAGAUCAGCGUCCAGCCCCAGGUGGAUCAGCUCAUCCAGAAAGAGAAGAAGAUCAGCGUCCCGGCCCAGGUGGAUCAGCUCAUCCAGGAGGUGCUGCAGCUGCGCUCAUGCACAUUCCAGCUGCUGCGGAUCGCCUUUGACGAGGAGGUGGCUUCAGAGAGCGCCGAGGUCUUCAGGAAGCACCUGCACAAGCUGCGCUAUCCCCAGCAUGUACGUGGCACCUUCGCCUUCACCGUGGGCCAGUCACCCAAGCAAGCCAUGCAGCCCAAGGCCAAGGAGAAAAACCCCUCACUCAGCUCCCAGCAGGUGACCGAUAUGUUCCAGGGCCUGGCAGUGGGUGUCAUAUCCCUCGGGCACCUUGGCCAUUCAUCCACGACACUUUCCAAGAACCUGAUGAAGAAUGCCAAGAAGACCAUUGGCCGACCGUACGUGACCCGCAAGAAGUACACGCCGCCUACCUGGGAGCAGCGCAGCAGUCAGCACUUCCAGGAGGAUGACGAGGAUGAAAUCUCAGUGUCUGAAGAGAUAGACAGGAGCACCCUGACCCCCUCCACUAUCAUCAAACCUUCAGACAAGAUGACCAUGAGCCACCUAGUAGAGCGAGCCUGCUGCCGUGACUACCAGAGGAUGGGGCUGGGCACGCUGAGUAACAGCCUCACCCGCUCCAAGAACGAGCCCUUCCGCAUCUCCACGGUGAACCGCAUGUACGCCAUCUGCCGGAGUUACCCGGGGCUGCUGAUCGUCCCGCAGAGCAUCCAGGACAACACCAUCCAGAGGAUCUCACGCUGCUACCGCCAGAGCCGCUUCCCUGUCGUCUGCUGGAGGAACUCCCGCACCAAGGCCGUGCUGCUGAGGUCGGGGGGGCUGCACGGCAAGGGUGUCGUGGGCCUUUUCAAGUCGCAGAACGCCCCUACUGCAGGCCAGUCGCAAACGGACUCCACCAGCCUGGAGCAGGAGAAAUACCUGCAGGCAGUGAUCAACUCCAUGCCGCACUAUGCUGAUGCCAGCGGGCGCAAUACGCUCAGCGGCUUCACCUCUGCGCACAUGAGCAGCGCAGAUUCUUCCGACAAGAGGCAGCCCAAGCUGGGAUCGCUCAUGAAGCAGGUGAUGGGAGGGAAGGACGAUGGGCCAGGCACUAUUAGCCGAGGAGCGCUAGGUCCCAGAGCUAGGGUGGUCACUCUGUCCACCCCCAAGGGUGCAUCGGUGAAGGGCCGCGAAAGUCCCCGAGGCAAGUGGGGCAGCAUCCGGGCCAGCGGGCGCAUGAGCAACUACGUCUUGAACAUGGAGAUCGGGUCCCGCCUGGCAGGGAAGGACCUGCUGAGCGCUCAGCACAAUGGGGCCCCCUCUGAGGCCAGCUUCCUGCGCCAGCACCGGGCCUCCCUCUACAUCAUUGGGGACAAGUCGCAGCUGAAGGGAGUGAAGCCAGACCCAUUGCAGCACUGGGAGGUGGUGCCCAUCGAGGUGUUUGACGUGCGGCAGGUGAAGGCCAGUUUCAAAAAGCUGAUGAAGGCCUGCGUGCCCGGCAGCCCCUCCACAGACCCCAGUCUCGCCUAUCUGCGGACCCUGGAGGAGUCCGAAUGGCUGUCCCAGAUCCACAAGAUCCUGCAGAUCUCGGUGCUGGUGGUGGAGCUGCUGGAUACAGGUUCCUCUGUGCUGGUCAGUUUGGAGGAUGGCUGGGAUAUCACCACGCAGGUGGUGUCCCUGGUGCAGCUGCUGUCAGACCCCUACUACCGGACGAUGGAGGGCUUCCGGCUCCUCGUCGAGAAGGAGUGGCUGUCCUUCGGGCACCGCUUCAGCCACCGCGGAGCCCAGACCCUCGCCGGUCAGGGCAGCGGCUUCGCUCCUGUCUUCCUGCAGUUCCUGGACUGUGUCCAUCAGAUCCACCUCCAGUUCCCCAUGGAGUUUGAGUUCACCCAGUACUACCUGAAGUUCCUCAGCUACCACUACGUCUCCAAUCGGUUCCGCACCUUCCUGCUGGACUCGGACUACGAGCGGAUCGAGCUGGGCCUCCUGUAUGAAGAGAAGGGCGAGCGGAAGAGCCAGCAGGUCUACAAGUCCAUCUGGGAGUACAUCGACCGGCUGAACAAGAAAACCCCCGUCUUCUUCAACUACAUGUACGCCCCCGAGGAUGGGGAGGUGCUGAGGCCGUACAGUAACAUCUCCAACCUGAAGGUGUGGGACUACUACACCCAGGAGGUCCUGUCCGAGGGCCCCUCCUACGACUGGGAGCUGGUGCAGGGGCAGCCGGAGCACGUGGAGGAGGUGGAUCGGCAGGACUCCAGUGCUCCGCAGACCAAGCGCAAAAUCAUCUGGCCGUGCUACGACAACCGCAGCCGAGUGGAGCCCGACGCCAUCUCCAAGCUGCUGGAGGAGCUGCACAACCUGGAGGCGGAGCUGGGCCAGGUGCCGGAGCGCUGGAAGGACACGUGGGACAAGGUCAAAGCCUCCCAGCGCACAGAGGCCCGGCAGGAGGCCAGCAGGAUGGCGUCCAGUUCCCUUCUGAUGUCCUCCAGCCUGUUGCCCCACCGGCGCUCGCUGGGGGUCUACCUGCAGGAGAGCAGCGUGGGCUCCACCCUGAACCUCAGCCUGGACAGCGACACCAGCAGCACCUCCACCCCGUCCAGCGGGAAGCAGGGGGGCCGCAAGAGCACCAGCAACCUCUACAGCCAGUUCCAGAUGUCGGAGAGCGAGAACAGGUCCUACGAGGGGACUCUCUACAAGAAAGGAGCCUUCAUGAAGCCCUGGAAGCCCCGCUGGUUCGUGCUGGAUAAAACCAAACAUCAGCUGCGGUACUAUGACAACCGGAUGGACACGGAGUGCAAAGGGAUCAUUGACCUGGCAGAAGUGGAGUCCAUCACCCCCGGCACCCCCACCAUGGGGGCCCCCAAGACAGUGGAGGAGAAGGCCUUCUUCGAUCUGAAGACGACGAAACGAGUUUACAAUUUCUGUGCCCAGGACGUGCAGCUGGCCCAGCAGUGGAUCGACCGCAUCCAGAGCUGCUUGUCAGACGCGUGAGACUGGCUCAGCAGCAGCCCCCGUUCCAGGCACGGAGUCCCCCGGGCCCCGGUGCAUGAAGCAGAGGCAAUGCCCAGGGUUAGCACCUGAGCUGGCCCAGGUCUGACUGACUGAGGAGGAGGAGGCCAGAGGCCUUACUCUCCCCCACUGCCAGGGGCACAUCGUACUGGAAGCCCCAGGCCCCCUGCGUGCUCAAGGACAGUAGCAGGGGUCAGGGCAGGAUCAGUCUGUUACACUAUGGUAGGAACUGUCCAGUGCAGGAACUAAUUGCAUUGAAAUGUCAGGCUAGGGGCAGUGGGGAUCUAUUCUUACAACCCCACUAAGCCUGUCUGAGCCACAUCAUUACCGGCUCCCACCCCCGGCAGGACAUGGACCUCGGGUCCCGACUCCCACCCCCGGCAGGAUAUGGGCCUGGGGUCCUGGCUGGGCAGCGCGGCUCCCACCCCUGGCAGGACACGGACCUGGGGUCCCGGCUCCCACCCCCGGCAGGACACGGACCUGGGGUCCUUGGCUGGGCAGCACGGCUCCCACCCCUGGCAGGACACGGACCUGGGGUCCCGGCUCCCACCCCUGGCAGGACACGGACCUGGGGUCCUUGGCUGGGCAGCACGGCUCCCACCCCUGGCAGGACACGGACCUGGGGUCCCGGCUCCCACCCCCGGCAGGCACGGACCUGGGGUCCUUGGCUGGGCAGCAUGGCUCCCACCCCCGGCAGAACACGGGCCUGGGGUCCCAGCUCCCACCCCCGGCAGGACACGGACCUCAGUUCCCGGCUCCCACCCCCAGCAGGAUAUGGGCCUGGGGGUCCCUGGUUGGGCAGCGCAGCUCCCACCCCCGGCAGAACACGGACCUGGGGUCCCUGGCUGGGCAUGGCGUUUUUCUGAGCACUGCUCUGGUUCUCUUGCGAAUGCUGCUGUGGGGUUUUACUGGCCCUUUGCUGGGAGAGGCUCCAGGAGGUGCUGUGCAUUGAACAACCCCCUCGCUCCCCCCCACCAUUGGGGAGCAGCCUGAGCUUUCCCUGGUUACCCCUCUGCACCCCCAGGAGCUUCCUGUGAACUUGCACGUCCAGUCUGUAAAUCCAAGUGGACCUGCCGCCAGCCCCUUGGGGCACUUGGCCCAGGCCUCUGGGCUCUGGCCCAGCCCUUCUGAGUGGCACUAGGCUGGGGUCCUGAGCUCAGGGUUCGCCUGCCCAGCAGGGCCAAGAGGACUGGGACCAUCCUGCUCACCCCAUGUCCAGCAACUGGGGCUGGCUCAGUGUCUGCCCAAGAGUAUUGCCCCGAUGAGCCGCUCGGCGUGGGGGGGGGAAGAGGGGCCUGCUCGGUGGGACGGGUGGUGUCUCAUUAGCAGUAUUGUAGCUUUAGAGUCAGCUCCUCUUUUGGUCUGCCCCUGGCGGGGGGAGAGGGGAGACUGAGGACUGGGACCUGCUUAUAUUCUUGGUCCCACCCCCUGGGAAACCUGUGCUCACUCUGGCUGCGGGGAGCAGGUUCCCCUGACGGUGUAGCUGCCCCGCUGCAGGCUGGAUUGCUCUGGCACAGCCCUGGAGCCCCCCUCCCCCUCCCUGCAGUGGCUGGGGCGUGGGCUGGGCUCCUGCUCCCAGAGAGGUUCCCUGGGGUGAGUUGUAGAACAGGACAACCAGGCCAGUCACAGGAGCAGUGUGGCUGAGCCCCUCACCUACCAGCCACGCUGCCCCAGGGAGUGAAGAGGCCUGAGCUUGGAGAUCACAGCACAGAGCUGCAGCCUUUUCUGUCAGCUCUCUCGGGGCUCUCCCCAGCUUAUGCUCGGAUGCCCAGCCCCUGGGCUCGCAGCGGCAAGUCUCCAUGCAGCCACUGUCCGCCAGCCGCAGAGCAAGGCCUCUGCUUUGAGCUGGGACGGCAGGGAGCUCUUCACUGCCAUUGUGCUGUGGGGGCAACCUCAGCUCCUUGAGAUCCCCACCGUGCUGGGGUGUUCAGGGCUCAGCUCCUGACCCCCUGACUUGUGUACCAGGGACAAACGUGUACUUUAGCCCCCGCUCUAGCACUUCCACUGAGCCCAGACCUGCUGCCCUCCCCAGCCUGCUUAUUGCUGUAACUUAUUGUCAGUGCAAAGGUGGAAUCAUGAGACUGAGGCGAUGGCAUCUCUGGUACAGAAACAAAUCCCCUGUAUGCUCCCCCCCCCCGGUUUGCACCUUGGCAAGCUUAGCCCCCAGCAGCUCACAGGCUAGAGCCGUGUGCUCGUCCCAGAACCCAGCGGGCACCUGCGUGUGGUCCCUUGGGGCCAAGGAGCUGCCUGUUCACAUGAGACCAUUCCUGGCCUCGGUAGCACUCCAACACCCCCCCCCCCUUCGGUUAGAGUUCACCAGCUUCCUGCCCUUGCCCUCCCCCCUCCCGCUGCGCAGAGCCAAGGUGGCUGACCGUUCUACCUGUCUUGUUUUUAAAGGAGUACAAUGUUUUAUUUCAGUGCAGAGCUCUUUGUACAGUCUUAACCCCCAGGGUCCCCUCUUCCUUUUCCUGUAUGAUAAUGGCGGUGGCAGGUAGCUGGUGCAACAAGGAGGUUUUUGUAACUUCCCGGAGCAGUUGUAGAUUAUUGAAGUUUCUGUACAUUGUGUCAAACAUACAGAGUCCUUGUAUUGUAUUGUGCCUAGAGGGAAAAUGUUAUAUAAAGAGAAAACUAACUGAAUUUAAUAAAAAAUUAAUAUGCAUA